AUUAGUCUAAUACAUUGACCUGUUAAUCCAAUUGUAGUUGCUUCUGCUUUUCUCUUUUAAUCCAAAUUUAUUUCUAUUUACUAAUCCAAGAUGGACAUGGAAACCUAUGCUAAACUAUUUUAGCUCAGAAUCUUAAAUUCUAAUCAAAUCAGAAGGAUCUGUGCUGACAGUUGGUCGCGGUACGAGUAUGGACGAGAGGGUAGAAGCAGCAGUGGAUUAUAUUUCUCUACUGCCAGAGCAUAUAUUACACCAUAUCUUGUCUUUUCUCCCCAUCAAACAAAUUGCGAAAACCAGUGCAUUGUCAAAGACUUGGUGUCAAGCAUGGAACGCGUUCCAGAUUUUGGAAUUUGAUUUUAACGCUAUUUUUAGUGGCAAUCGAAAUCUUUACCGCUAUCCAGAUUUAGAGAACAACAGACAGAAGUUGUAUGACACUGUUGAACAGAUUUUGUUACGCCGUCGCAGGCAGAUGAUUACUCUCACCAAGUUCACAGUUAUCGUUCCUGCGGUUUACCAAAGACCAGAAGUAGUAUCCACUAUGGACAGAUGGAUUUGCCAUGCCUUGGGGAGUCAUGUAAAAGACCUAAAAAUUGCAGUUGGUCCAUCCGGCAAUGAAGAAGAGUACUCGUACAGCUUGCCUCAACCUGUUUUUAAUGCAAUUUCAAUACAGGUCUUGGACUUGGACAACUGCAAGUUGAAGCUGCACCCUGGCGGAGAUAUAAAAUUACCUUCCUUGAAAAAACUGUCUCUUACUACUGUUUUUGCAGAUGAUAUCGUAGUCAGCAAACUUUUGGCUGGCUGUCCUCUGAUUGAAGACUUAAAUUUCAUUUGGUGCUUUGGUUUCAAGACUCUACAAAUACUUGAUCAUCAUGCUAAUCUCUUAAAACUCCGCGUGGAAUGGCUUGAACAUCUUGAACAAAUUAAGUUGGAAGCACAUAAUCUCCGUUCAUUGGAACUGCAUGGUCCAUCUUGGCCUUCUAGAUUGGAGGUGGUCUCCUUGAAAAAUUUGACGAGCUUAAUAAUAUCUAAAGCUCCUAUUACUGAUAAGUGGCUGAAUGAGCAAUUGAAUAAAUUUGCUCACCUGGAAAACCUGGAUUUGUUUAGUUGCCCUAUGUUGACGAGUAUUAAGAUUUGGAGUUCCCAUAUUCAUACACUUCACAUAAGUUCUUGCAAAGAGCUAGCAAGAAUUGAGAUUGAUACGCCUAAUUUAAGCAUCUUUUCAUACUCUGGCGAUAUAAUUUCAUUUUCUUCAAAUGAUUUGAUCCUAUCCGAGGUUAUGUUGUGUUUAGAAUCUAAAAUUAUGGAUGUUUCUUGGUACAUUAGAUGGAUUGAAUUUCUCGAUAAGUUCAACCAACAUUGCAAGGUACUGAAUUGGAAGUUGACAAGUGGAACAGGAAAGAGCUUUCUUAUUCCAAAGGAAAUAAGACAAAUAUUAUCCCCUCCAUUAUGUAAAGUGAAAGAAUUGAAGCUUUCAAUUUCAAAUCAAGAUGAGAGUUUUACAACUGCUGAACUUGUGGAUGCUAUGCUCUGGAUUUCUCCUCAUCUGCAAAGUCUACGCAUAUAUUCCAGCUUAAAAUCUUUUUUUAAGUUUUCAUAUAAGCAGCCAACAAAUGAAGGAGAAAGUGGUUGUUACAAGUCUCUCCCUGUUUCAUGCUGGAACCAUUGUAUGGAGGAAGUAAAUAUCAAGCAAAUUUCUUAUGCUGUGAUACCAACCUGGCAUUAUUACACAGAGGAUGUACAGAUGAAGCCAAUCUCUAAUCAUGAAGAAAGGAGUUACAUUUUGAAGCAAGACAUUUGGGAGAAGAUUGAAAGUGGUCUUUUAGAUUGGGCUCCUGAAUGUCUAAUUUAAGCCCCAAAAUCCAUCACACUGUUCUUAUUACUUUAAUGUCUAAAUCUUUAAAGAUAUUCAUGUGUUAAUAAAUAUUUUAUUUUUCCCUUUUUAUGUACUCCAUUUCUGUAAA